UGAAGAAACGUCUGCAGCAGAGCACACGUCUGAGACCACGGUAGCUGAGUCCACUUUUGUUCACACUGACCAGAUAUAACUGGACUCUGGGGUCAAGGGUCCUCAGAUCCAGAUUGUCCCCUGGUGUGAAAGCACCCCCUUAAUCUCUGAUCAUGGUCCUUCUAUUCAAACAUUUACUGCAGUAAACUCCGGACCAUCUCACCUCUCCCUCAGACUGGUUCUUAAAGUCUCAGAGGAACAUUCAUGAAAUGUUCUCACACUGCUGAAAUGUACUCUCAUGCUCUUAAGUUGUUUUUCUUAAAGAAACGCCCAUAUAAGGACAUGAGACUGCAGGGCAGUGUGCAAACACGGAGGGCACACAGGAGAGGAGGAUAUCAGGAGCAUCCAAAUUCAAAUAAAUGGCUGACCUGCUCCAACAUGACUGUAAACUCAGUCUACAGGAAUGUCUCCUUCCUGAUCAAUCACCUCUGUAUCAGGGAGGACCGGAGCUGAUCGGGGUGAUCGAUCCGUCCCUCCUCCUCUGUCUCUGGGCUCCUGAUGACGCAGGUACGUGGGUGUUGGAAUAAAACAGUUAAUUAUGUAUUUUAGAUGACUCUGUUAGUCAUUCAUUAUGGCUCCGCUGGGAGAGGCCCCGGCUGUCCCAAACCACAGGGCCCGCGCAUGCGCAGAGCGGCGCGUGUCCACACAUCGAGAGGCUGAACUGUGGGAAGUUUAGCUAAGUGUCAGAGAGUUAGCUCGGAGGCUAGCAGCAGAAAAGACGCCGUGAGGAGUUAAAGUUGGUUAAAAAGGAGGAAAAAACGCGUUAGCGCCGAAACAACCAGCACACAGUGAAGCACGGAGGCCUGCCGAUGGAUUCACCCGGUUUUUCUGCCUGUAAUUCGCGCUAACAGCGGCGUUAAAAGCGUUUGAAAGAAGUUGUGAUUGUUUUUUUGGCGCUCUGGAGGAAAGAUGGAGGCUCUGCGGGUGUAGCAGCGGAGGCUAACCGAAGCUAGCUCCAGUUUACGGACUCAGCAGAGCGGCUUCAGCCGGAGCCAGAGGAGCUUCAAUUCAUCCUGGAGACCGACUUCAAGCUGCUGUCCAUGUCCACAGAAUCACUACAGAAGAAUGAGAGUCCAUCAGGCUCUGAGGAUGGGAGCAGGGCUACUGGAGGCAGGAUCUAGACAUCAGAUGGUGCUGUGAAGAAUCAUGGGUAGCUGUUUAAGCUGUCCAGAGAAAGAGUCAAUCCCUGAUAAUCAUCAGAGCAAGUUUAAGGUGAUCAAUGUGGAUGACGAUGGGAACGAGCUUGGUUCAGGUGUGAUGGAACUGACAGACGCCGAGCUUGUCCUCCACACUCAUCGCCGAGACGACGUCAGGUGGCCUUACCUGUGCCUGCGUCGCUAUGGUUACGACUCCAACCUGUUCUCGUUUGAGAGCGGACGCCGUUGCCAGACGGGACAAGGUAUCUUUGCCUUCAAGUGUCCUCGGGCUGAGGAGAUCUUCAACAUGCUGCAGGAGGUGAUGCACAGUCACAGCAUCAGUGUGGUGGAGGAGGCAGUGAUGGAGCCUGGACAGCACCAGCACACACCUGCAGCUCUGGGUUACUCGGUGCCGUCUGUUCCUAACGGCGUCAGCAGGAUCCCGUCAGUGGGGGAGGCUCCGUCUCACCCCUCCACUCGUCACCCGUCUGUGGCCAGCACCCGCCUCCCCUCUGUGGGGGAGGAGUCAACUCACCCGCUGCUGGUGACAGAGGAUGCGGUGCACACCUACGUGAAUACCACAGGUCUCCUGGAGGACCAGCCCAGCCCUCUGACCGUGACCACGCCUUUGGAGAGCCCCGCCUCCCCCCAGUCUCAGUGCCCUCCCACUCCUCCUCCUCCCCCAAGGGUCCGCAGUGAGGCCCCAGCCCCGCCCCCUCAGCCGGAGCCCCAGGUGCUGCUGGAGCCUCAGGGCGUGCGCUUUGUGUUAGGCCCCACCCCCGUUCAGAGGCAGCUAUUGGAGGUGGUCAAUCCUCCACGGCUACCCCUGACCCCUGACCUCCAGAAUGUCAACAAUUCAGCUCAGCGCCGCACUGCCCUGCUGGACUAUGAGAACCUGCCGGCGCUGCCUCCGGUCUGGGAGGCCAGGAAGCCCAGCAGUGAGGAGGAGGAGCCUGUGUGCGGCGGACUGAGGACGCCGUCGUUAAACGGCUACAACCACCACGGCGCCCUGCACCACUCCUACUCCCACCCUCUGUCGGCCACCCUCGAGCCCUCGCACAACUACGUCAACACAGAGAACGUGACGGCGCCGCUGAGCGCCCACCGGCCCGACACGGCCCGCCGCCAUGCCGAUGGCCCCACCAUCUUUAACUUUGACUUCAGACGGCCGCCGCUGCCUGGGCAGGCGGAGCCGCCAAAGACUCUGAACUACAUCGAGGUGGAGAUGGAGCACGGCGGCGCCAACAAGGGCACCUCUGACGGCAGCAACCCUCACACGCCACGCACCCCGACUUCGCCGCUGCCCCCUACCACACCCACACGCCGCACCGAGCUCUACGCCCUCAUUGACAUUGAACGCACCGCCGCCAUGUCCAACCUGCAGCGAGCACGGCCGCGGGACGACGGCACGUCACGAAAGACGAGACACAACAGCACGGAGCUGCCCACCAAGAGUGCCGUGUGACCCCGCCCCCGACGGGCUGUUUAUAAUCAAACUUCCUGUGAGCUCGCCUGAGCAGGUACUCCCUCAGACGGACCCUACCAUUGGACGCUGGUGAUGAUGUCACAGACUCUCUUUCCUUAUAUGGUCAGAUCAGUAUUACUGAAGCAUUCCAUUUAUUCUAUGUUCACUUCCUGCUGCUGUACUGAGCACGCUCAGUAUGUACAGUAGAUCGCCACAAUAAAAGUCUCUCUGUUUUUAUUUCUA